UGUCUGCCAACAUCUCACCCGCAUCGAACGCCGUCAAUUCAGGAUUUCACCUUCGUUCUCCGAUUUUCUAAACAAUUAGUUCGCUACUUUCGCCUGUCCCGUGAACUUAUAAACCAACCAAUUCAAUAAUAAACGAGAAUAAGUACGCAAAGAUGGAUAUGGAUAGUAUGAGUGACAUGAGCGGAGAUGACACCGGAAUCAAUAAGUCGUAUGCCAAAGGGUUUUGGUAUCUCAUCUCGGCCGCCAUCGCCUUGUUCCUUGCCAUCCGCGCCGUUAACUACAUCAUAUUCUGGUCAAGGCUACGUAGAUCCAGAACCCGUUCGGUAAUCUUCCCUACGAGGCCAACAAACCAGUUCUCGCGAUUAUGGGCCACGUUGACUGCUGUUGCUAGGGAGAUGAGUUACCCGCAGUUUUAUGUUUCGAUACGAAAUUUGACAUGGAUGACGCCACCACCUAUGGGCUGUAUUUAUAUUCUUAUGGUUUACUGGGCUGUGGUUGUUUACAUGAUAUUCAAAGAUUCCGUGAAACAAAACCUCGAAAUCCUUGCGUAUCGUAACGCUUGGGUGACCGUUACUCAGGUACCGCUUCUUUACCUACUGGCAUCUAGGACCAACGUUAUCGCACUGGUUGUCGGUACAAGCUAUGAGAGGUUAAAUUGGCUUCAUCGAUGGGUAGCCCGCACCAUGUUCAUCACUGCCACCGCUCACGGCUGGGUUUUCUGGUACGGUUGGGCCAAAGCCGAUAUUUUGGAUAUAGAAUUUGAUAUGAUGGGUAACAUGGUCAAUUAUGGUUUGGCAGCUUGGGGAAUCCUACUUUGGAUGACCAUUACAUCCUUCAAGCCUUUCAGGUCUAUGGCAUACGAGUUCUUCGUCAUUCAACAUAUCCUCGCGGCCAUCAUGUUCUUGUGGGCUGUCUACGUUCACGUCCCCGCUUCUGCUCGGUAUAACGUGUGGUUCGCAAUCUCAGCAUUGUGCUUCGAUCGCGCUUGUCGCAUUGGCCUUCUCAUUUGGCAGAAUCUCAAGUUCCGUCCGAGACGUUCUUGUUGUGAAGGUGGACAAUGGAUUGGUCAUCAGACACAGCUUUCCCCGAUCGGCGAGUCAAUAACCGUACUUACCAUCAAAGAUGUUCAUUUCAAAUGGAGAGCGGGGCAGCAUCUCUACCUAUGGCUACCAAGAGUAGCGCCGAUCGAGGUGCAUCCCUACACGAUAGCCUCCGCUCAUCAGAUGCCGGAUACUUGCAUCUGCAAUAGCAUUCAAUUGGUGAUUCGCUCGCAUUCGGGCUUUUCGAGGCGGCUCAACCAUUUUGCGCGAAAGCUAGAGGCAUCUGGGAGGAAGCAAACCUUGACGGCUAUGGUUAUAGGUCCAUACGGACAUCCGCCCCGAUGGAACGUAUUCGAAACGUUAGUCUUUAUUUCUGCUUCGACUGGCGCAUCUUACACGCUUCCUAUUCUGGAGAGUGUAUUGAAUAAUAAGGCGCCAUCGUGUACCAAGCGAGUAGAUUUCCUACUAGCAGCAAGGCAUGGGGAGGAAAUUGGGUACUACCAUGAACGUCUGCUUGAAGCUAUCGAAAAGGCUAAGUCAGUUGGCAUCGAACUAGCCGUAUAUAUCGCCGUGACUGGUGACGGGCAACUCGGGGCGCUGGGCGCCUUGUCAUUCCCCGCAUCUUUAGCAUCAUUCGCGAGUCAUGAGAAGAAAACCGUAGAGGAAGAGGUUAGGGCUUCAGCAAAUACCGAAGGAAUCGCUCAGCCACUUAUGAGCCAGUCACGAAGCAGACUCUCGGACGGCUCCGAGCCGCAUGUUCAUCGUUCAGCGACACGACCUGAUGUGUCAGAUUUUAUAAGAGCGGCGGUCGAGGCCACCGGAGGGGAGACGGGCGUGGUCGUGUGCGGCGGACAGUCUCUAGUUGCGAAAACAAGGACGAGUGUGGCUAGGAUAAGUGAUGAACGGGCCGUACAUAAGGGCACCGGCGCCCAGGGAAUUUUCUUGCAUGUGGAGGAGUACUGCUUUUAGUCAAGGAACCAAGAGAAAAGAGGUAUUGAUAAUAC